CAGGGGAAGACGCUGCUGCAGCCCAAGGCCUGGCAUCCAGGAGGCGGGGCGCGAAGGCAUGUUCAGCAAUGUUCGGAUCGUGUUGCCUGACGAAGACGACGACGAAGACGAACUAGGCAAACGGAGGCGGAGGAUUGCAGAAGAGCAAGCAGUUAAACUUAUUCAGAGAUUCUGGUGGACUCACAUAAGGAAAAGACUGUUUAAACUUCUGAAACACACCAUUCGUGCGGCAGAGCACUGCAUUAGCCAUGAGAUUUUGAAAAGAGUGAGUCCUUUAGAGGCCGAACUUCUUAAAGAACCUACUAUUCAGUAUAAAGUCCGAUUCAGAUUUGCUGGGUCUGUUUUCCCCCCUUUUAUUGUGUUCAAGAUAUUUUGCACUCCAGGAAAUCAAGGCAGUCAGUACAUGAGUGGGAAAACAGUAAUAACAUCAACAACCAAGGCAGCUGUUGAUGCUUGCAAGUUAAUGGGAUAUCGGAAGUAUUACAAUCAGAUGGUGUGGGAUGAGCUGCAGUACAAGAAAUAUGGAAUAAUAGAUGAGAUUGAUAUUGCUACAAUAAGAGACCAUGUUCAAUAUAUCAGCCGCCUGGAUGAGACCCCUGCAAACUUUGGGGGUAGGCAUAACUAUUGGAGAAAACUAUCAUUAGAACAUUUUCCUAGGACAAUGAUCAUGUAUGACAUCAUGGACUAUGCACAGUCUGGGAAGCUGUCUGAAAGACUAAGGCGAGAGCUGCCUUUUCUGCUGUUGAGGCCACAGAAUGAAGAAGUGUCUCGUACUCAGUUCCUGGCCGUUUGUCAAAUCAGAUCCCCCACGCCGUGUCCCACAACUGCUUGUCUUUCAAAAAGAGACCGCACAUCACUCCGCAGAAUUUCUGAACGUCGCUCAUUUCAGGCUCGGCAGAAGGUUUCAAAAAUGAGGAAGGUCUACAAGACCAAGAAAGGGGAGGAGGAGUUAAAUCACCCAACUUCAAGUUAUCAUUUAAGAAGUUUUCAUUCACCGACUGAUAACGAAAGCCUAUUUUCAGAUGAAGACUGGGAGCAAGAGGCAGUGAGACUCUAUGACUGGGCCAGAUCACUACGGAGUGAAGAUAUUGAAGAAGGCUAACUCACGAGAAAUCUGUAUGCUUUUUAAAAAGCAGAUAAAGUUGUUCUCCAUAGCUAGGAUUUGGCUGUAGUGCUGUGCAAACAGAGCCUUGGCAGACCAUGAACAUAAUAUGAACAUUUUCUCUCUGAAUUUAAGAAAUUCAUAAUAAACCACCAGAAACUGCAAA